GGGGCUUUAGUGGUGGGUGAAGGGAAAGGUAAGGUGGACCAGUAACAGGUCAGUCUUGGGAGAACGGGGUGGAGAAAACCUAGGCCCGAAGGAAGGAUUGGGGCAGAAGAGAGGGUGGGGCAAGUGGGCUCCUCCUUCUGCCCCUGAUUUCCAGGUCUGAGACCGGUUUUCUGCGUCCCUAUGAGACAGGUGAGCCAGAGCUCCUGGGGCCUCCAGAAGGGGCGGGGCGCAGGCGGCAGGCGUCCCGCUGGUGUAGGCGGAGAGGGUCUGCGAGUUCCGGCCACACCGACCUCAGGAAACUGGCAGGGAGUUUGUCUGGUGGGAGCUGUCCUGAGAUUGACUGUUGGCUGUUUUCUCAGAGAAAACGUGUCCCCUUCCUACGCACCUCCCAGCCUCUGUGCUGACAGGAAACAUGAAAUCAGAGUUUAAUGACUUGGGGGAAGAGGCUUGGGUCGGGACUAGGUGGGGUGCAGAAAGUCAUUAGGCCUUCUGGUGGUUGGCUUGGGCCUUUCUAAGAUUCUUUCUCACUUAGUUGGUGUCCCUGGGGCCUUGUGUGUGGCCUUGUGUCUGGGUUCACAUUCUCCUCCAUCCAGAGCAUGGGUUGACUCAACUGUAGCAGACAGCAAAGUCUGGCUGACAGGUGCCCUGGAGGGACCAUGGUGCCGAGGCAGUUGUGGGGAAACCUGAAGCAGCCAUUUCUCUUUCUGAGCAGUGCCUCGCUCCUCCUGGGGCUGGCUUUACUGGUCAUCCAGCCCGAUGUGGCCCCUGCUGCUUAUUUCUUCCUCUGCUUGGCUGGCUUUUGCUUUCUUGCCUGCCUCCUGGCCUGUGCUGUGGAGCGAGGCCUCCAAUCAAGGCCGCGCUCAAGGCAGACGGAGAAUCCAGAGGCCUCGGGCAAUGCACGGGACAAUGCAGCUUUUGAGGUGCCAACCUAUGAACAGGCGGUGGUGGUCAUGGACUCACAAUCACAACACCACCUCCAGGAGCUGGAGCAACCACCCCCUUACAACAGUGUUGUCCUAUCCCCAGGAGCUGAGGGGGUGCAGCCUAUCCAGCUAGAGAGGCCCAGCCCAGGAAGGCUGAAAAGGCGAGUGGGCUCAGAGGGGACAAUGACUCGCAGAGGAAACCCUGGAAGACCUCUUCGACUUAGGGGUCCACGAGUUGUAUCCACUGCUCCUGAUCUGCAAAGCUUGCGGGUGGCCCCCAAAUUGGAGCCCGCUACUCCACCCCCUGCCUAUGAAAUCUGUUUUGUUCAUCCUGACGAUGACAAUGUUUUCUAUGAAGAUAAAAGGAUACUUCCCUAAGCGAUGCUCUCAGAACCUGUCAUUUCUGCACUCAUUUGUCCAGCAUUUCCUAAUAUCUACUGGUUUGGCCUGGACAUCACAAAUGGGACCUUCACACCAGCGGGGAGUCAGGCUAUGGCAAGUCCUUCCCAGUUGAGAUAUAGGUGGCACACCUGGAUUCUUCUGGAAACAUUCUGGAGCCUACCUGAUGACCAGCAUUUCCAGAGUAAGGUGAAAGAUGAGAGAGAGGUGAUCAAAAGAAACUGGAGCUGUAUCUUGGAGUGACAGCUGUGCUUCACCAAGCCUCGCUUAGAUUCCUGGUGGGGUAUUACCUACCAGGGAAAUGAGAGAGUCGGAG